UGUCACAGCCGUUGCUUGUCUCCUCAGUAUUGUAACUUAAAUCGGUGAUUUAAUUAGGAAUAACGUAUUUUUUUCUAGAAUUUGUGAAACGUUAAGCAAUAAUGACCGACAAGAAAGCAUACCCGGUGACACCUCAUCCACCAACAGGUUUUGUCCCUGCGCCGGCACAGCCUGCUACCUACGGUGGUACACUUGCAGGUGCCGCACCGUAUGGAGUAUUUCCUAAUCAACCUCAACUGUAUGCAGCGCAAGGCCCACCGCCGCCGACAUAUGAUCAAACGCUAACCCAUCCGAUGAUGUAUCAGCCAAUGUAUGGUCAAGGGUAUCCGGGAUAUUUAGCAGGCUCAUGUUAUCCUGCAUAUGGCCCAUUACAAUAUUACCCACCGUUGGCUGCGGCUGCAGCGUAUUACCCUGCAGCAGCAAUGCAGCCUCCAGUUAGGCCCCCUACACUUGUGAUGCCUAAUGGGUUCGACGCUACUAAUCGAUUCGAUAGUAUCUCACAACCCGUCUUGCCACCACCCCCAACAGUUCCAAACGCCGCCCAGUUAGCUGCAAUGGCGAGCCACAGCGUGGCUAUAUCACAAAAGAAAAACUUCCUAGGAGGAGGAACAGAAGGCGGUUACACCUUUUGAUCUUAGCAAUCGGUCGGCGCAUCGAGCAUACACUAUGAGAUUUAAGAGAACCAUUAAGAGAAGGGAAGACUCGUGCGACGCUCGUCAUACGAUUGCAAAACUACUAUUUUAAAUUAACUCGAAAAAGAAAAAAAAGAGAAAAAAACCAGAAGCACAUUUUUGUAAAAGAACAACGCGUGAAAGUUUCUUAAGGGCCAGCAAAUCGUGGAGUCCACAGGUCUUUGAUGAUACAUCGUGGUCUCUUGGUGGUAACUUCACGAUACUAUCGAGUGAUAAAAUAUAAAUCUUUUUUUGACGUACUUAAAAUAGAAUUUAAGAAGAUGAAAACAAUCAUUUGGAAUGCAAGAUAUACUCUGUUUGAAAUUAUACGAUUGCCAACACAAUAAUAUUGAGUUUGAGUAAUUUCAAAAGCAUCGCGUAAUCUGAAUACUAUAUGGAAUUUCUAUCAAAAACGAUCCUCUCUUUUUUUUUUUUGUUUCACUGCGCGAUGUGUAAGUAUCAUUUAAAUCGUUUUUCAAGUACGUUUUGCUCGAUCUUUCCCCAGAUAUAUGUAAUCUGAAACGCACGAGAGGUUCCACUUUUUUUUUAAAUUUAACAAGAGGGAUAUUGAACGCGAGCGAGGGGGGG